AUCUAUAGGUAACUUUUAAAACAAUUUAAUACUUUUACAAUUUCACACAUUUAAUAGAAAUCAAAUGCUUUAGUUAAUAAUAACAUUAGAAUAAUAAAUGUAAUUUUUAAAAUGUUUGAAAAGUUAAAUGAAAGUCAAUAUUAGAACGGGUAAUACAUAUUUAAAUAUUUUACGAGCUUUUGUAAGAAGCUGACUAAAAACUAAAAUUUUCCCUUAAACGAUUUUCUUUUAAUGAAAGAAGAACGUGUUGGAAACAAAAGAUAUAUAAGUAAAAAUGUAAUCGAUAAACAAUAAAAACGUAACCUGUGAAUUCUUAUUCUUUGAAUUUUUUAUAGAUUUCUUUUAGUUUUAUAUUAUUACAAAUUUCUUUUAUCCAUCAAAAACUUUUAUUAUUAAUCUUACUAAUGAUGGUUGUUUGAUAGUUAAACUAUGUAUAUUAAUUAACUAAAAACAGAAUAUGGAUGUUAAUUACAAGAAAAAAUAUUACACUGAUGUGAAAAAUGUAAAACAAUGGUUCUAUUCUACAAAAGAAAGAUGUGAUUCAUUAAAAUCUCAUAUGAAAUAUAUGAAAAUGUUAUAUCAUGAUAUGCCAAAAAUACAAGAAACUAAAAAGACUUUGUGUGAUCCAAAUUGGCAAAAUUGUAAAAUAAAGACUUCUAAUAAUGAUGAAACUAUAGUUUCCAGACAAGUGAAUUGUAAUAAUUCCUUGGAAAAGUAUUCUGAUACACUAUAUGAUAAGAUCCACAAGGAUAAACCUUUCAUAACUUCAAAUUUAGCCAAUAUUUUAUCAGAAAAUAAUCUGCAGAAAAAAGAAGAAGAAAAAGAGAAACAAAAGAACUUAAAUAAACAGAAAGGAACAGAAACUGAAUUAUCUUCGAUUACACUACAAACUUAUGCUAUUCCACAGAACACACAAUCAAGAUUGUUACUACAAACUCAGAAAAAUAACAUGGCAUGUGAAGAACACAAUUACAAUUGGCAAUUCCCAUAUCAAAAGCAUCUAACAGAAUAUUCUACAGAAUUAAUAGGAAAUAAUGAAACUUUAACCAAAUCUUUUGAACAAUUAACUCUGGAUAAUCAAAAUAGCUAUUUACUUCAAGAAUCAUUUUCUGCAAAAGAUGAUAUUAAACUAAAUAUUUCUGGUAAUGUUAAAGAUGGAUCCGUGGAUAAAAGUAAAGUCUCUACAAAAAACGAAAAAAAAGAGAAAGCUAUUUCUUCAGCAUUAUCAAGCAAGAAAGGUUCCUUAUGUAAGCUAGAUGACAUUGUUCCAUUGAAGAUUAAAAGGCGAAGAAGAAAAAUACACUGUUCUAAUUCACGGAGUACUGUAACUACAAGAGAUACAAUUUUUUUAGGAAAAAAGGAUACGAAAAAACGGAAACAAAAAAAUAGUGUAAAUAAUCGUCAUACAUUCAAAUCUCAACAAACAUCUAAUGAUGUAGUGGAAAUUUAUCAUAAUGCAGCAGCAAAGAGUGGUAGCACAUCUGCUAUUCCUAGUAAACAUUCAAAACUUGAACAUCACAUGAACUAUAUUAACAUAUUAACAUCUUCAGCUAUGAAUAAACAACAAAACAUAUCCAUAAAACCAAAAUAUGAAGAUAAUAAUUAUCAAAAUGUUAGUGAUGUUAAUGUAGAUUGUCGCCAAAAUUAUUCUCAAAAGCAACAUCAAACUGAUCAGAAAACAGUAGGAAGGAUUACAAUUAAUAAUGAUCUAAGUAAUAAGUUGAAAAUUUCAACCAGUCCUGCAUGUACCAUGGAAAAGUACAAUUCGCAUCAGUGUGAACAUGCAAUUAUACAAGCAUCAUAUUGUGACCCAAUAGUUACUCAUAAUUAUGAAAUGCCAACUUUAGCUUCUAAAUUGAAGAGAGCCAAUCGUUCAUAUUUCGGUAGAUUCAACUUUCAAAAUAUACCCUUUGUAGUGGGUACUUCUGUAACCCCAAGUCAUAAUUUAGGUUUAAAUAUACAGCAAGUUUUGAGCAUUAUGAAAACAAGGCAAAUUGCUGCAACAGGAGUGACACCUCUUCUUAUUCGUAAAAUUAGCAGAGGUAUGAAGCCUGCAUCUGUUCUCAUAGAACAGAUAAACAAUCAACAGAGUAAACUGUCUCAUAUAGAUUCCCAAAUGAAUAAUAUACAUAUACAGAAAGAAAAUUUGUUUAUGAGUAAAGGUGAUCAUUUAUUAGAAAAUGAAAAUAUGUUUUUAAAAUAUGAUAGGAAAGGAGUAAGUAAUUUAAACGUAAAUUUAAAAUCAAAUAUUGAGCAAUAUCAGAGUUUACAAAAAGGAAUUAAUGGCAGUGUAAAUAAAUAUGGGAAUUUUCAUAAGAAAAAGGAUACUAGAUCAGAGAAUCAAUUGAAUACACUGAAUACAAUACUACAUGUAACAGACAAUAAAAUGUUGAAAUUGUUUGCUUCCCAACAAAAUGUAAACACGAAGAUGAAAAACCCAGAAAUGCAAUCCAAAAUAUAUCAGAACACAUUACAGGGCAAUAUUUGUGAUAAACACAUUUCUAAUACCUCAACAGUUAAUCAUUCUCAAGAUUCUAAAGGAAUAAGAGAAGUUCUCAUUAACCUUCAUGAUCAGUUCGAGGAAAUGAACACAAAAUAUGAAAGAUUACAAGCAAAAGCAAAAAAAUACAGUGAUAAAGAUUUAGAAGAAGAAAUACUACAUUUAGAAAAAGAAUUAAGCAUUAAAGAAGAUGAGAUAAAUGCUGUUGUUAACUUGUAUAAAGAGGUGAUGUCAUUAAAACAUCAAAUGAAAUUAUUACAAAAAAAGAACAGUUACGUUUGUAUAUCAACUGAAAUUCCGCUGGGAUCAGAUAAAUUGUAUGCAGCUAUGCCAUUUACAUCAACUAAAUCUAAUGGAUCAAAUGGAUCAAAUUUUCAGCAAAAACUUUUUCACAAAAGGGGAAAUAGUGCUGUCACAAGGGAACCUAUUUCUCUUCGUCUAGCUGGUCUCUUACGGCAAAUUCAAACAUUUCAGAAGCAAUUGAAACUAACAUCAUGGUAACAAUACAUUGUGGAUCAUAUUUAUCACAUACAACUUGUCUGGCAGCACCCAAUGCAUCGUUGGGAAAUUGAAAAGUUACAUACUUGAGUGAGUCGAGUCGUUCUUUCAACAAGAGAAAAAAAGUACGGUGGACUGUGAUCGAUCAGCGUUAGAGAGAAAUGCCUUUGAGAACGCCAACCACGAGGUAGGUCACGUCAGUAUGCAUUUUAUUGUGCUUUCCUGGUGAGAUUUUUCUCGCUGUCCCAUGGAAACACAUUCAGAUUCGACAAUGUAACGACGUUAUUUUUGCCACAGGUACAGAAAAUCACAUUCAAGGUUACAUCGAAGUUUAUAAUCGUCCCAAAUGAUAUUUUAUAUUGUAUGCACAUAUCCUAGUGGCGAACGAAUAAAGAUAAACAAGAUAAAAAGUGAGAACAAGCUAACAAUUAAAUUAAAAAGAGAAAAUAUUUUUACUAGAAUUCUAAUGUAAGGAACUGCUUCCUCUUAAGCUACGUAUUUUAAAUCAGAAUGAACUGUUUUAUCGAUUAAUCGUAAGUAACAAAUUGUCGGCAUAUCCGUUAAAAGGAAUCGAUUAAAAAACUUCCAGUAAUGCACGGAUUAUAUAGCAACGAAGUACGUAAGAAAUACUGCUUCGUGUCCUCAGAAAUAAUUAAUAUCCUUCGUAGUACAUGUUUAGCAUGAAAGCAAAGAAAAGUUGCAUUUUUAUGGAUGCUUUUUUAGCAGAUUUUAAUAAAACCGCGAGAUCUCGUAUCGCGCUGACAUUACAUAACAACACAUCGUAUAUUCCUAUUUUCAGACUUCUUUCUGUAAAUCGAAUUACCUCUUACGUUAAUAUCAUGCAGGAUUAAGUUGUAUAAUUUGUCACAUUAAAUGUAUCAACUUCUUAGCCUUGUUGUAUUUUUUCAAUACUUGGAAUUGACCAAUUGCGACCCGUCUAUCUGUAUUUUUAGAAAAGAAUUUCCAUCGGAAAGAAGUAUGAACAUGAAAAUAUAAGAAGAGGAAUCGUCGAUAAAUACGGAAAACGGGAAAGGAAUCGACCCUUUAUUUGCAUUUGUUAUGUUGGUUAUGCGUGCAACAAACUUACUGUACGCGUAUCCCUUUUGCAGUAGAAGUUAUUCAUGUAAUCACGAACACCAACUUUCUUUUCCAAUGGCGGACCACCGGCGCGAACACAAGUCUCUCAGCGAUUCGAUGGAACAUUUAUAGUCGUCUGCUUGUAGAACUAGACGAGAGAGCGUUCUCAGUCGACUCGUACGCAAGAAAUGCGAACACUUUUCGAUCGAAAGUUCCAAAGAACUACUGUCGUUCACAACGAACAGACAACACUUAAUUCCCGCAUAAUUAGUCAAGAUAUAUGUCUGCUGAUUCGUAUGAAAGUACACGUUUAGAAGUCGUGAGUCUAAACACAGAACCUAGAAUUUUCGAGGAAGAAAUUAGUUGGAUUCACGGUCGAUUUCACGU